AUGCGCAUUUUCGCUACCAAGAAGAAAACUGACACUCCAACUGGCUCACCCGUCGCCUCCUCUCCACUCUCCGCCGGAGGAUCCUUUCCAAGAAACUCACCAAGUACUGGAAAUUCGUCAUCUCCUUAUCCUCCAAGUGUCUCUCCUGUGAGUUCUGGAUAUAAAUCAGAUCCAGCGAGUCCAGCAAGUCCUGGAGGUUAUUUAUUUAAUGGUACAUUACAUCCGUUUGAUAUUUAUAGCGAAUAUAAUGAUAAGGUGUGGAAAGAAGGAUUUUUGAUAAAGGAAGGAAGACUUGUGAAGAGUUGGAAGAAGCGUUAUUUCCAAAUCAAAGGUUCUGUAUUGACCUACUUUAAAAGCGCCAAAAAGAAUGAAAGUGACGUUAAGGGUAGAAUGGAUUUGAAAGGAGCUCAAGUCUACUAUCUCGGAGAUGUCUCAUCCUAUGACAGCUUUUUCCAAACCAUACGAUUUAACACUGUAUUAGAAAAUGAAGAAUUUGACAGCGAUGACGAAGAAGAGGUAUCCAAUGCCAACAACUCGAGUUUAAAUUCUUCAAAUGCCAAUAACACAACAGGAAAUAACGCAGUUGCUAUUCAACGAAAAUUAGAAAGUAAUGCAUACAAGUACAAGUUUUGUGUCAUUGCUUCAGAUCGUGAAUUAUUUAUGGCUGCUGCAAGUAUUCAAGAUGCCAAAGAUUGGGUGAAGAGAAUUAGAGCUUGUAUUUUUGUUGAAGAUUACUUUGUGGAUUGUAAAAGUUGUGGUGUGGAACGACCACUCCUCUCGGUGGUCAUGUUAUUGACCUCUGUUGCUUCUAUUGACUCCACAGAAGAAGAGAAAAAGAGCGCUCAACUUGUUGGAGCAGUUGAUGAUUCAAGGCAUUCUGAUAUUGAAACACUUGUGUUACAACAUGAAGAUCCAUUCACAAUUUCUGAUUUAAAGGCCUUAACCACCACAUGCAUUCAAAGUACUAGAGUUAAUUUAAAGAGUUUAUCAAUAACACAUUGUGGAAUUGGUGACGAACAUUUGAGAUUAUUAGCUCAUGGUAUGGCUGAUAAUCAAACCAUUGCUUCAUUGGACUUGUCACAUAACGUCAUUUCAGACUUUGGUAUUUGUGAUUUAAUUGAUGGGCUCUUUUUAAAUGUGACACUGAAAAGACUUUCAUUUUCACACAAUUCCAUCGGAGAUGUUGGAUGUGUGUAUUUGAGUGAUUUACUUUUAGGAAACGUCAGUAUCAAGAAACUCGACAUUUCCUACAACAAAAUUGGUGCCAAUGGAGCCAAAAGCUUAAGUAAGGCACUCAUUAGCAAUACCUUAUUAAGAGUUCUCGAUUUAGGCCAUAACAGUAUCGGAAAUGAAGGAUGCUCCUCAUUGGCUGAAGGUCUCAAACAAAACAAAACCCUCGAAACUCUCGACCUCUCAUUCAACUCCAUUGGAAGCGAUGGUUUAACACGAUUAUGCAACGAAGGAAUUAUUUACAAUCGAGGACUUAAGGAUUUGAGUUUACAUGGAAAUUCAUUUGAUAACGCAGGAGCCAAAAGUUUAGUGAAGGCACUCAUUGACCACAAAACGUUGAAACGAGUGGAUUGUGGUGAAAAUUCACAAAUUGGAACGGAAGGAAUUAUUACAUUGGCUCAAACUUUGACCACCAAAUAUAUGGUUGGUAAAUUGGUGAUGAGAAGUAAGAAUGUCAAGCAAUAA